ACAUACAGAAAGUGGAGAAAUAGAGUGUAGGCAAGGGUUCAGAGACAUCGCUGCCAAGCUGGGAACCAGGGAGAUGGCCGAGACAGACCCCAAGACCAUGCAGGACAUCACCUUGGUGCUGGAGACGCUCCUGCGGCAGAUGCAAGACAAGUUUCAGGUCAUGUCCGACCAGAUCAUUGGAAGGAUCGAUGACAUGAGCAGUCGCAUUGACAACGUGGAGAAAAAUAUCUCUGACCUCAUGUCCCAGGCUGGAGUGGAAGAACUGGAAGGCAAA